AUGAACGGUGAGAUACAACGCGAGACCGAGUUCGAUCCUGAGACGGGUGCUAUACUGGUCAAGAAAACGCACCCCUGGAUGACGCAUUAUACUGGUAUCGUAAUGUUCCUCUUGAAGUGCAACAUAGAUGUACGUUUCAUCGGAUCUGGUAGUGGGGCGAAUUCCUUCAUGUAUUAUGUUACUGAUUACAUUACGAAGCCCGCCAUGACGAUGCACGUCGGGCUUACCGCACUAUCCCAUGCGAUUAGACGAGCAACAUCCAGGAUUGAAGAGAUUCAAGAGACGCACUCACUUUCUGUAAGAGACGCAAGGAUUCAAGCAACCCUCCCGGCAAUGAUUUCAGCUGUGAAUAGCAUGAUGGGUCGUCAGGAGAUAUCUCAGCAGCAGAUCAUGAGCUAUCUGGUAGGAGGUGGUGAUCACUACACAAGCGAGCGCUUUGCAUCCUAUAACUAUGGCGAGACCUUGAGGUUUGUACAGAGACUCGACGAGCCUAUCGAAGACGCCAGUCCUGAUGCAAGUGCUGCGGGCCUGACGACUCAAGUCUCGCUAUCAAUCAGCGAAGAAGGGAUAACAGCCUCCAACAAGAGACUUGAUUAUAUGUACAGACCGACAGAAGACCCCUAUGACACCAUGUGCCUGUAUGAUUUUAUCUCCAUAGUUAGGAAGGAGAUCCUAAGAGCAAAGGUCAACAAGGAACCAGUCGGACGGGAGCAUGUAAUAGACGAGCUCCAAACAUUAGUUACGGAUCCACAAGACGAGCCACAAGCAUCAGCUACGGGUCCACAGUUUGAAUUGAAGCGAUUUAGCUCUGAAGACCAUCCGCAAUAUACCACCCACGGUGUUGCCUGUCGACUCCAGGGUCUUACCCCGGUACUGCUGGGCCCGAACCUGGCUCGACGCGGGGAUGGUACCGGCGAGUCCUGGGCGCGCGAUAUGCUGAUCUUAUUCAAGCCUUGGAGAUCUCCUGAAGAUAUCCGUGAACGAGAUAUGACUUGGAUAGAUACCUUCGAGCUGUAUCGAGAGAAGCUAUCACCUAGACAAAAGCAGACGAUUGCCAACAUGGGUGUUCUCUCCCAGUCGAGAGAAGAUCGAUCGAGAAAUCCGCGCUCCAGAUCGACGAGGGAAUAUCCUACGUUCGUGGAUUCUAGCGAUCUUGCUGAUAUCCUUGAUGCUGAGACGUUUCUCUCCCGCUCGGCUACAGUAUGUGUGUAUGCGACGGCGAGCCAGAAAGAAGAUCAAGGGGGUAUGGUUUCUGCACAAGGAGACCCCAAUGGCAGAUUGAAAGACAUCAUCACAGUGAAAACUUUUAAAGAAUUUGAGCAGUGUUAUCCGAAUGAAGCCCUAAUGAAUAUCGACGCCAAUGAGAGCACCGAUGUAAGCCAAGUCUCUGUAGAGUCGCUGGACGUCGCCGAAAGUCAGAUUCGCGCACUUUCUUCUUUCAAAUCGCUAGAACAAGGCGAGUCGGUAUCAUCCCAAGCUUAUAACGGAGCUGCAGGUGCUGGCCAUGUUCGUUCCAAGGAUUCACAGUACCCUCCACUUUUCAAACCUACUGCCAGUAUAGCCACUUUACCAGAGAAACACGUACCCCUUCCUCUAAGAGAAGCCAUUAACAGUCAUCCAGACGAGCGAUGGGGGGAAGUAGGAAGGAUAAUCAAACUGAGGCGUCUGGAUCGCAACCUGGAACAGCUUCGGGCGUUUAUGAUCGUGGCAAAUCACGUCAUACGGGGUGGCGAUCAACUGUUGAUGUAUAUCAAUGGAAUGGGAGGGACGGGGAAGUCCUAUCUGAUUCAAAGUAUAGUCCAGUUAUUUGAAGCGUAUGGCAGACGGCAUUACGAAGAGGAAGGGGGGAAGCGAGCGUCUUAG